AUUGUCUUAUCAUACCAACGGUGUUUUUAUUCGCUAUAUAUACAUUCAAGUGACUUUGGGGGAUCGAAUAUAACAGUUAAUGGAAUAUAAUUAUUUUGAAGGGUCGAUUCUGUACCUUCUCUGUCUGCUCUUUGGUUGAGGAAAGAGCCCUGCCGUUUGCGUUGUCAGGCCAGUGUUGGUUUUUCUGAGUUAAGGAACAGCAGCAACUUCCCGUGCUUACUUUGCACUGUGAAAGUCUAUUCUUUGGACAGAAAUACAAUGCCAGGAGACAUCAAAGUGAAUAUUGUUGGUGUAAGAAUCAAGAAUAGCCCAUGAUGUCGUUGGAACUUCAUUUUGUUUUGGGAUAACUGAUAUCGUUGCCAUAAUAACGCUUUGACUAUCAAUGAUUUCAGUCUAACAGUAUUUGAAAUCAUUCUGAAUUGUUAUAACACUGCAACAUAUUGAAUAUGCCACCUCAGAGUCUGCUUGACUCAGAAGAACACACCGAGGGACCUAAGUAAACACAACAAUUCAAGUCCUAUGCAGUAGAAUGCACUGAUGAUCUUCGAAUUGCUGGAUAUUCAUUCCUUUGUCAACUGUCUACCGGGAGAAGGCUGGCUUGAAAAUGGCAUCCUUUUUCAAUUUCCGUAAAAUCUUUAAAUUGGGUGCUGAGAAGAAGAAGAAACACUACGAGCAUGUCCACAGAGAUGAGAACCCAGAGGAGAUAUGGGAGAUCAUUGGAGAACUGGGGGAUGGAGCCUUUGGAAAAGUCUAUAAGGCCCAGAACAAGCUAACAGGCAUUCUGGCUGCAGCUAAAGUGAUCGAUACCAAGACGGAGGAGGAGCUGGAGGACUAUAUGGUAGAGAUCGAUAUCCUGGCCUCCUGCGACCAUCACAACAUAGUGAAGCUGCUGGACGCCUUCUACUACGACAGCAAGCUAUGGAUCCUGAUAGAGUUCUGUGCAGGUGGAGCGGUGGAUGCCGUCAUGCUGGAGCUAGAGAGGCCCCUGACGGAGCCCCAGAUCCGGGUGGUGUGUAAGCAGACCCUCCAGGCCCUCCUCUACCUCCACGACAACAAGGUGAUCCACAGAGACCUGAAGGCUGGGAACAUCCUGCUAUCCCUGAACGGAGACGUCAAACUGGCUGACUUUGGUGUGUCGGCCAAAAAUACCAAAACACUACAGAGGAGAGACUCUUUCAUCGGGACGCCAUACUGGAUGGCCCCGGAGGUGGUGAUGUGUGAGACGUUUAAGGACCGCCCGUACGACUACAAGGCUGACAUCUGGUCCCUGGGGGUGACUCUGAUCGAGAUGGCCCAGAUUGAGCCUCCCAACCACGAGAUGAACCCUAUGAGAGUCCUGCUGAAAAUAGCCAAGGCCGAUCCUCCUACCCUGAUGCAGCCGUCGCGCUGGUCUCCAGAGUUCAGUGAUUUCCUAAGAAAGUGUCUCGAUAAGAAUGUGGACAACAGAUGGAAUGUGGCACAACUUCUACAGCAUCCAUUUUUGAGUACUGUGACAGACAGCAGACCGCUGAGGGAGCUGAUCGCUGAAGCAAAGGCUGAGGUUUACGAGGAGAUUGAGGAACACAAGGAGGAAGAGGAGGAGGAGGAUGGAGAGACACAGCGGGGUCACAAACGUGCACCGUCCGAUGCCAGUGUUGCCAGCUCGGAGGAUGAGAAACUCCCUCAGUCUCCCUCAGCCUCCAUCUUGGAGUCUUUACCGGAGAAGGCUGAACCGGUUAUUCUAACACCACAGAUUGUUGAAAAGAUCCCUGAACCAAGCGUCGUCAAACCAGAGGAGAACCUGGUUGUGGCCACUAGCUUGGUCGAGGAGCCUGCUGUCCCUGCAGAAGUGGAGAAAAUGGAUGAGACCCUUGGUGUUCCAAUAAAUGGAGAGACAACAGAAGCCAGUGAGAAACCAGUAGAGGUGAAGGAAGAUGAGGAGAAGGUUCCAGAAAUAACAGAGGUUUCCCCAACAGAACCCAGUGAGAUAGCUUCUUCAGAACCAGCUGAGAAACUAGCAGAGCCCCAACCAGACGGAACCGUUUCCAAUGCUGAAGUCACCAUAGCCGACAAGGAGAUGGAACAACUGGCCAUAUCCAAUCAAGAUGAAAAGGAAGUGGACACAGCUGAAGUCCAGACGAAUGAGAUCACCGCAGAAGGGUCAGAGGCCAAGGAAAAGCCAACAGGAGACAAGAUGGAAGUUGAGGAGGAACCAGCCAACGAGGAGCUUAGCAGGGAAGCAAAGGUUACCGUGACAAACCCAGAGGAGACUAAGGUGGAAGACAAACUCACACCUGCAUCUCCAGCGGUCUGUAAAGAGGAGGAAGGAGAGAAAGAGAGAGUGGAGUAUAAGCCAACUGCGGAGACAGGGACUCCAGUGAAGUCUAAGGAUGAGAAGGAGAGGGAUUCGGACUCUGGGAGUAGUUCUGCUGCAGAUAACGGCAGCAUAGACAUGAACCUGUCCAUCUCCAGCUUCCUGACCAAAACCAAGGAGCCAGGACCCCUCUCCAUACAGGACACCAAGCGCCAGAAGAAGACACUGAAGAAGACCCGUAGGUUCGUGGUGGAUGGAGUCGAGGUUAGCGUGACGACGUCGAAGAUCAUCACCGACAAUGACACCAAGAACGAGGAGAUGAGGUUCCUCAGGCGUCAGGAGCUGAGGGAGCUGCGUUUCCUGCAAAAAGAGGAACAGAGGGCCCAGCAGCAGCUCAGCAAUAAACUGCAGCAGCAGAAAGAGCAGAUAUGCCGCCGCUUCGAACAGGAGACGACCAGUAAGAAGCGCCACUACGACCAGGAAGUGGAGAACCUGGAGAGACAGCAGAAGCAGACCAUCGAGAGGCUGGAGCAGGAGCACACCAACCGGCUGAGGGACGAGGCCAAGCGCAUCAAGGCCGAGCAGGACAAGGAGCUGUCCAAGUUCCAGAACAUGCUCAAGAACCGCAAGAAAGAGGAGCAGGAGUUCCUGCAGAAACAGCAGCAGGAGCUGGACUGCGACCUGAAGAAGAUCAUCCAGCAACACAAACACGAGCUGGCCACCAUCGAGAGAGACUGUCUCAACCACAAACAACAGCUCCUCAGAGCACGGGAAGCAGCCAUGUGGGAGCUGGAAGAGCGCCACCUACAGGAGAAACACCAGUUGUUUAAACAACAGCUGAAAGACCAGUACUUCAUGCAGAGACACCAGCUGCUCAAGAGACACGAGAAGGAGAUGGAGCAGAUGCAGCGCUACAACCAGCGUCUGAUAGAGGAGAUGAAGAACAGGCAGACACAGGAGAGGGCCCGCUUACCCAAGAUCCAGCGCAGCGAUGCCAAGACGCGCAUGGCCAUGUUCAAGAAGAGCCUCCGAAUCACUGGGGGCCCCAUCACACCCGAGCAGGAGAGGGAGAAGAUCAAACAGUUUGCAGCCCAGGAGGAGAAGAGGCAGAAGAAUGAGAGGCUCCACCAGCACCAGAAACAUGAGAACCAGAUGAGAGACCUGCAACUGCAGUGUGACGCCAACAUCAGGGAGCUGCAGCAGUUACAGAAUGAGAAGUGCCACAUCCUGAUAGAGCACGAGACCCAGAAGCUGAAGGAGCUGGAUGAAGAGCACAGCCAGGAGCUGAAGGAGUGGAGGGAGAAACUACGACCCAGGAAGAAGGCUCUGGAGGAAGAGUUUGCCAGGAAGCUUCAGGAGCAGGAGGUCUUCUUUAAGAUGAGUGGAGAGUCAGAGUGCCUUAACCCCUCAGCCCAGAGCCGCAUCUCCAAGUUCUACCCCAUCCCCAGUGUCCACACCACUGGCUUCUAGGGGUUAACCCUAUCAUGACACUCCGGAUGGACAUGAACAUAUAUCAACACCCACAUAUUGAAGGCACACACAAUGAAUAGAUAUACACACUCCAGAUGGAUACACACAUACACACACACACACACAUACAAAUAGACUGGCGCGCACGCACACACACACACACACACACACACACAGACAGACAGACAGACAGACUAAUAAGACUGAGCCUCUGCUGCCUUGCCCUGUCUCCACUGAUGACAUUCGGGGAUGAAGGGGCGAUAUCUCCGAGGGGGGUGUGUACCCCUCUAUCGGUUUCUGGACGAGGAUGGGACAGUAGCCCUCAAGCUACAGACUGUGUUAAUCAUGAAGACCUUUUUAAUGGUGAUCUGUUAUAUAUAAUUUACCCCUUUUUCAUUGUAUAGGGUCGUGUUCAGUCGGGCACACCGUAGCAAGAGUUUGAAUUUGUGUUUUUAUUGUAGAAGUAGUACCUCCGCAUUUCACUCCAUUUCAAAUCAUUUUCCACUGACUGAAAAAAAGAAACAGUUUUAUUUCUUAUAGCUUCCUCUUUUGAAAUGAGUUAUGAAGGAGAUUCUUGACAUUAUGCAUUUUCAAAUUUGAUACUUUGGCACUCUGUUCCUCAAAUCCUUGCCUCCAAGUCACUAAAGUGUCUCAGGCAGAUUACAUUUUUCACUGACGAUUCUUUUUCAUUUGUGAAUCUUUUUUUUCUUCUUGAAGAAUCUAGUGCCUGUAUACUUUUAUUUCAAUGGACUGGCUUUUCAAAUGUAAGCUUCCUCUGAAAAGAAACUAUUGCUGCUUGAUUUUUAUACCAUUAGUUAUUUGCACUAAAUCAGGGCUGCCCAACCCUCUUCCUGUAGAUCUACUGUCCUGUAGGUGUUCAGUCCAACCCUAAUUAAGCAUAUCUGAUUCAGCUAGUUAAGGUCUUGUUGCGCAGCUAAUUAGUAGAAUCAGGUAUGUGAAAUUAGGGUUGGACUGAAAACCCACAGGACGGUAGACCCCCAGGAAGAGGGUUGGGCUGAAAAGACACAGGAAGGUAGACCUCCGGGAAGAGGGUUGGGCUGAAAACCCACAGGACGGUAGACCUCCAGGAAGAGGGUUGGGCUGAAAACCCACAGGACGGUAGACCUCCAGGAAGAGGG